CUGUAUGAAAGAGAGAGAGAGAGACCGAAGAUUUGGCAGCUCACUGCGGAUUUCUACGCGUAAUCUGCGGGGGACGGUGUUGUAGCGACUUAACCCAACCACUACCAGUGCGUCAUCGAUUACUCGUGGGCGGAGUGUUUUGUGCUGUUUUCCGCGUCUCCGACUGGUGUGGAAUUCCUCCAGCAGCGACUCGUCCGACGACCCCGAUCAGUGGUGUGUGCGUGCACGGAGCCCAGUUUCGCCCUUGGCGGCGUACGGUGCCGCUUCUUUACGAGGAUGCUCGCCGUCAAUCAGCCGCGUUUACUGCGUCACAAAUGAGCCUGCGGCGCGUAAACACAGAAGCCGCUGAUUGAGCGCCUCGCCCGUGCCGGCAAGUAGUGUAGCGAUGUGAGAAAGGCGUUAACGUCCAUUCGCGGUGAUUGCCGCACGCCGAGAUAAACAUUCGCACGAACGAAAAAAUGAUGGCCUCGACGAGGGACUCCUUCCAGCGUAGCGACGACGAGGAAGAGCUGGUCUUUGAUCAGACCGGACUACUGACGAACAAGCUGUCGUCUCGCCACGGCAUAGUGUCCAGAAACCACGCCGCGAACUCGGGGGGCCGCCUCACUGUUGCGCGGACUGUCAAUCUGUGUCUUUCGUUCUUUGGCUUGGGCCUUUGCUUUGCCAUACCAACUGCAACGAUUCAAGACCUUCAAAAGAGAACCAAUGCUGAAGCUGACAUACAACACUUCUACACAGCACGCUAUGGUGGCUACAUAUUUGGCUGCCUAAUAGGUGGUUUUCUCUUCGACUGGUACAACAGACAGUUCCUGCUUUUCCUCAGCAUCUUCGCUACGUCCAUUGGCAUCAUAGUGAUGCCCUUUUGCGUCCAGCUAGCAACCCUGAUGGCAUGUUCAGCCAUUACUGGCAUCACCAUGGGAUUUCUAGACACAGGUGGUAAUGUUUGGUGCCUGGACCUGUGGGGUCGUCACAGUGCUCCCCUGAUGCAAGCACUGCACUUCUGCUUUGCCCUCGGAGCCCUCGUCGCACCACUGAUCGCUGAGCCAUUCCUUUCACCUGCCUCACUUGGUGGAAUUGCACCAACACACAGCUUCAACACCUCUUUGGCACCAGCGACCUACGCUCAUAUCCCCCCAAUCGGAAUACACCACGGCAUCGUGGUCAACCGACAUCAUUCGCACAUUACACCAAAGUGGAUGGACUUGCCACCUACAGAAGGCCUCUCACGACAUCGGCGAAGCGUAGACGAGCAGCUUGAACAUACUAAAUCUCGGUUGCCCUUUUUUAAUGCAUCCACGAUGCAGAGUGAGAGCACUGUGCUUAACGAAACCACAGUGAAUGAAAGCACAUUGCAUAAUGAAAACACAUUGCAUAAUGAAAGCACGAUGCAGAAUGAGACCAGCACGAUAGAUCAAACAGGACAGCAAGCACUCCAGAACUUAAGUAAUGCCGACUCUAAUGACACUUCAAUAGAAAACACCAGUGCUGAUCGGACACGAACUACGACUGUGGCCCCAAGCUCAACGACAGUAGCUAAGAAGCCAACCAAACCAAUCUAUGCUGAAGGACCACAAAACCAAGACAAGUGGGAUCGCAAGUCACAGAAGGCAAACAAAGGCACUGUAGCUGCAGCUGCUCCUAAUUCAACCAACUCAUCUGCACACACCAAUACGACAUCUCUGAAAUUGAGCUUAACCAGUAGCUCCGUUACACCCUCUAAGAGUCCAUCGAUCCUAGCAGCAGUAGGGACAACAUUUCCACCGGCGUUAUUACCAAACGAGGGUAACAAGACAGAGAGUAAUGAUGGAAACAUCACAUCAGCACCACAGAUACUGAACAAUUCCAGUAAAACUGGGAAAGGUACAUUGCAAAUGCAUAUUAAUGACACUCAUGUACCAACAAGUGUAGGUAUUACUUUACAGCCUGCAAUUUCCAGCAAAAGCACAACAAGCUAUCCCACUAUCAGUAGAGGAAACACCAGCCAAGCAGCAACAACGAAGAGCGUCACUGUUGCUACAACCAUCAAACCUGAUGUGACAGAACCUGUCACAGCUCCUCUCACACAAGAGGUGCUAACAACAGAGGCCCUGCCUGACCAGCCCACCGAAGCCCCAGUUGCUCCUAGAACUACGAGUAUAAUACAUACUAGCAUAAGGACGACUGAGGAAAGUGUUGACCCUCCAGAAACAACUGUCGCCUCUGUACCAACAAACAAUCAAUUGCCCACACAGGAUAACGAGACGAGCAUCAAGCAGUUGACUGCAGAAACACCACACCAGCCUGUGAAACCACCAAACCUGGUUGGGCAAACGCUUGAGCCAGUGACAGCUUCACCCGAGCCCACACUGCCAGCAGUCAUAGCUGCCACAACCAUGUCAAAUGAAGGCAGCUCAGAUACAAAGCCACCGUCAUUCACUACUAAAUCGAGCAUGCUUGAAAAGGCAUUGCCAACAGCUGAAACAGGCCUCACCGCGUGGAUUACUCACAAGUUCAUAGAGAACAGGAUCGGAAAGCUGGAGUUUGUCUAUGCCAUCCUUGGGGCAUACCUCUUUGUCGUGUCGGUGGUAUUUCUUGCAUUCCUGUGCACGAGUCCACGUGACUCGCGGUCACGCCAAGAGGAAGACAUCAAGACACCUGGGCCUUCGAGCAAGCACAGCCUGGUCUUGCUCAGUUCACUUUUCUUUUUUCUCUACAUGGGAAUGGAAGCUGCUGUGGGUGAAUUGCUCCAAAUAUAUGCGGCCCACCCGCGCGGCUACACCCUGACAUACGUCUUCUGGGGCAGCUUCGCAGCCGCGCGUUUUCUCGCGAUACCCAUCGCGAUCAAAGUGUCAUGCCGGAACAUGCUCCUUGGCGACCUUGGCAUCUGCUUCCUUGCGUCUGUCUUGCUCGUGGCAGGUGCUGACAGGAUGGAGUCUCUGCUCUGGACAGGAGUCGGUGUCUUGGGCGUCGGAAUGGCUUCUGUCUUGCCAACGUCACUGGCCUGGCUUGAGCGCCACAUGCGCGUCACCAACCGCGCAGCGUCUGUUGUUCUGCUCGGCGCGGCUUUCGGGGAGAUGGCGCUGCCAUUCCUCGCCAGUCACCUCAUUGAGCGCGAGCCGGCUGUCCUAGUGUACGUCAACGUGAGUGUCGUCACGCUGUGUUGCCUCAACUUCGGUGCCCUCUGGCUGACGGCGGCGAAGCGAGGCGAAAAGUAUGCGCCGACUAAUGAGCCGGAUCGCUCUCUGUACCAGUUGGCAAACCUUGACGACGGUGACGACCAGGCCGACUUCACAUUGCUAAGGCCCCUGUGCACCAAUGGCGAGAAUGGUCUGCACUUCAAGGGAAAGCAGAAGUUUUCUCGGGGACUUGGUGCAACCUCUUGAAAGCCAUCUUUCCUAAUGGUUUCCAGGGAAUGUUAACCGCCGCGAUCUUUGAACAAGAGACUGCAGAGCGGUCUGGCAAGAUUGCCACUUUCCUCUACACGACAAAUGUGUGCAGAGUUCUGUGGUUGGUGAGCAGAACAACACAGUGUGGUGCACCAGAUGUGUUCGGAUGAGAAAAAUGGCCAGAACCAGCAACUUGACAGCUUUGCACACAAGUCCCAUACUAAGAAGCUUUAUUAAGGUUCCAAAUGGUGGUUAAUACAGAAUACGUGCUUCAAGAGAACAAUUAGACAUGUUCCACUAGUAUGAAAAGUGUUUAGCCUGCUGACAUGCAAUUCAGGCGCUGGUUUUUAUUGUCAAGCUUUCGCCAAGAGUUAGGGAGGCCAACACGCGAGCUUAUAUCGCAAGGCCUUCCACAGCACAAGUGCAAUUUUUAGGUUUUUAAGUUGACAAGGUGACUUGCCUGAACGAACACCUACGUUCUAGUAGAGAGGUGACUGGCUAGACAUUGCCUCACCCUGCAACUGUGCCGUGCCAAUAGUCCUUGACCUGCAGUGGGCACAGAGUUAUAGUGCUACAAAUGACUCAUGGCAUGGUUUGAUCAUUCAUGCUUUUUCACUGUGGAUAACAGCCUAGUCAACUUCUUCUUCUAGGGACAUUAUGUUUUGGCUUGAGUCUUUAAAUACGUAUUAAUUAUAUAAUGUUUCGGUGCUGCUUUAGUGGAAGUGAUAGUAGCACUAGUGAUAAGAGUGCCAGAUGUACUUUUUUUGCCAAGCCUAGUUUCUUUUUUUCUUUUUGUAUAAUAGAAGAGAGACAGUGCGUUUCUUUUUUCCUCUGGCAAUGCGUUUCUUCACCUUACUGAAGCUACGAGCAGGGUCUUUUUAUACAAUAAAAGCAUCUAUCAUAAAACACAAGCUGCAAGAAUUUUUGUUUAUAGCACUUUAUCUUGCCUCGUGUUCUCUCAGCUGAGAGACACCUUUAGCUGAGAGACACCUUUACAAAAUGUGUCUAAACACAG